AAUCGUCCUCUUAACAGGACAUGUCAAUCAAGCAUUCAGAGCGAGCCUGCAGUAUGGAAAGUAGCAAACGGUGCAAUCCAUAUGUGAAAGUCCUUCCAGAGGAGGAAAUUGUGAUCUCUGGUAUUUCAGGACGGUUUCCAAAUUCUGAUAAUAUGAAACAACUAGAAGAAAAUCUUUUGAAUAAAAUGGACCUAGGUUCCGAUGAUAAUCGACGAUGGAGUCCUGUUCAUUACGAUAUGCCGACUCGAUCGGGACUUAUUAACCAUGAACAGAAGUUCGACGCGCAAUUUUUCAACAUGACAUCUUCUGAAGCGCACGCCACUGAUCCUAUGUGCAGGAUGUUGCUUGAACAUACCUACGAAGCGAUUAUUGAUGCCGGUGUAAAUCCUAAAGAAUUAAGAGGAACAAAAACUGGUGUCAUCAUAGGAUCAUGUUACUCUGCGACAAGAAACAUAAUUACCUUUUACAGACCUGAUGCAGCUGGAUACACAUUUGUUGGAUGUAGUCAAUACUUCUUAGCCAACAGCAUUUCUAACUGGCUUGGCCUUAAUGGACCAUCUUAUGCCUUGGAUACGGCUUGCAGUUCAAGCCACUACGCCAUGGCGGAAGCUUACAGAAUGAUACGAAGUGGAGAAUGCGACGCGGCUAUCGUGGGGGGCGCCAACAUGUGUCUGCAUCCUUACAUUUCGCUUCAAUUUUUUCAACUCG